AUGGCUAGCAAGGUCGCUCGUAACAAGGACCAGUUGGCUACCAAAGCUGCCCGUAACAAGGAACAGUCGGCUAUCAAGGCCGCCCGUUACAAGGAACAUUGGCUACCAAGGGCCGCCCGUAACAAGGAACAGUUGGCUACCAAGGCCGCCCGUAACAAGGAACAGUCGGCUACCAAGGCCGCCCGUAACAAGGAACAGUUGGCUACCAAGGCCGCCCGUAACAAGGAACAGUCGGCUACCAAGGCCGCCCAUAACAAGGAACAGUUGGCUACCAAGGCCGCCCGUAACAAGGAACAGUCGGCUACCAAGACCGCCCGUUACAAGGAACAGUUGGCUACCAAGGCCGCCCGUUACAAGGAACAGUCGGCUACCAAGGCCGCCCGUUACAAGGAACAGUUGGCUACCAAGGCCGCCCGUUACAAGGAACAGUCGGCUACCAAGGCCGCCCGUUACAAGGAACAGUUGGCUACCAAGGCCGCCCGUUACAAGGAACAGUUGAUCUCCGUGAAAUCAGAAGAGCACCAAGCUCCUUAUCAGGAAGCCGCCAUUCCAGCGUUUCGUCUGCCAAGGAUUUCAUGA